AUGCCGCAUGAGACAAUAGCACCAGACAGCGCGGAAGGGGAUGCCCAUAUAUCUGAGCUCGUCCGCUUCGAGGGGGCGGAUGCAUAUUUUGCGACGCAAGAAUCUUUUUUGGCGCUGCAGCUCAUUUACAGCGACGCCCAAGCGUCGGAGCUAUUAACCCAAUUAGAGUCUGAGAUCAGUGUAUACCAGGACCAGGCCUACCUCCUGGACCCCUACCUUGAUCGUCUUAUAUCACCUUCUGCCCAAGCGCUGCAAGUGCUUAUCCAACGGCAGGAUCCGCUGGAGCAAGAAAAAAGAGAAACAGUUUGGCGCUACUGCCGACUUAUAUACGCGUACACAAAGGUGCGUGGGUACAAAAUUGUAAUGCGAUUUCUUCCCCACGAUGUAGCCGACAUGCAACCGUUGAUUGCAUGGCUGCAACAGCUGCUGGACGAACCUGCGCGCCAAAAGAAUGUGCCAUGGGAAACAGUGUAUAUAUUGCUCCUAUGGCUCUCUCUCGUGGCCCUCAUUCCGUUUGACCUUGAAAACGACGACGAACAGGCGUCUAUAGCAGAGCGAAUUGUCCACAUGGCGCGUACCUACUUGUCCUAUCCUGGAAAAGAACGCGACGGAGCAAGUGUUUUGCUGGGUAAUAUGCUUGGUCGUCGUGCUGCACAGGGCGCGCAUUUCACAGCGUUUCUCCGCUGGGCCGAGUUGCGCAUGCUGGCAUCCUGCUCGGCAUUUGAGGCCACCGGUAUUUUGCAAACUCUGUGUGCGAUCACGAAACAUUGCGAUGCACAUGCAAUUGGCCCACAGUACGAGGGCAUCGCCGCUGUGCUUGCUCUCUACGCGCCGUGGAUGUACAAAAGCGCACUGGUUGAUCGGUUCCGUAUCAAACUAACAGGCCGCCUAGCUAUCCAGCUUCUGGCUGCCGACGCCGACGAUGACAGGAUCGACACACUCGUCGAUGCGCUGCUGCAAGCACUAUUGUACCCCGAUUCCAAUGUGCGGUUCAGCGCGGCAAAAGGUAUUGCGCGCGUCUGCAAGCGUCUUCCCAAAGAUAUGAGCGCACAAGUAGUGGAGGCGAUCCUCGAUCAGCUGCCGGAGAAUGUGCGGGGCGCGGACAUCCCUGAAGCUGCCUUGGCCGCCGCGCCUCCCUCCCAGUUUGACCCCGAUGUGGUCCGUGCGAUGGACCUUAUCGAUGUAAGUGCAGUGAGCGAGGCAAGUUGGCACGGUGUUUUCUUAGCGCUUGCGGAAUGCACGCGGCGCGCACUGAUUUCCAUCGAUCUGCUUGCGCGCACAAUGUACUGGACGCUGCAUGGGCUCUUGUUUGACCUGCGGCGCAGCGCCAAUGCGGUGGGAAACAGUGUGCGCGAUGCUUGCUGCUACGUGCUUUGGGCGCUUGCACGCGUUCGAAACACCGAGUCUCUCGUGCCCUUUUUGCACAGUGUUGCACAGCGCCUCGUUGUCAUUGCGACACUGGACCGCGAAGUCACGAUCCGCCGCGCCGCGAGUGCUGCGUUCCAGGAAUGGGUCGGACGCACAAGCCAGAUUCCGUUCGGCAUCCAAGUGCUGCGCAAGACGGACUUUUCUGCCGUUGGGAUUCGGCGGCACGCGUACGUAGACUCUGCGCCUGCCAUUGCACACUAUCAAGAGUACCGGGACGCAUUGCUUGCACACAUCCAGCGUGUUUGUUUGGUGCAUUGGGAUGUGAAUGUGCGUGUACUUGGUGCGAUUGCACUGCAAAAAAUCGUUGCGCAAGAGCGUGCAUUGCUUCCGGACGUGGUGCAUGUGCAAAUCAAAGCGCUGGCGGAGUUUGAUUCGGCGCGCGUGCACGGCGCGUUGCUUGCGCUUGUGCACAUGUGUACCAUCCUCGACUCGUCCCAAGCACCGCUCGCUGCAGCGGUGAUGCAAGGAGUAUUGGCUAUCCAGCCUACGCUUUUUUCCGCACCCGGCGCGUCGCUCCUUAUGGAAACUGCAUGCCGUGUUGUUGCAACGUCUGCACCUCACGGCGUGACGAACAACACGGAUCGUGUCUUGGAACUGCUCCAUACUGCCGCAGCAAGGCCCGAGGAGAGUGUCCACGAAGCACUCGCCGAGGCCGUGGAAGCAUUGCAAGGCACCCCGGUGGCCGCCGCUUUGCUCGCGCGCUUGUUAGAUGCGUGGUCCGACGUUUCCCUCGACGAACAGCGCAGCGGCGCGCUGGUACUUGGCGCGCUGGGUGCGGACGGUGCAGAGCAGCGUCUUGCAUUACUCUGCAACCUCUUUGAUCCCCUAGCACACGUCUACGUACCCGACGUCGAGACGCGGCGCAAUGCGGCGAAAGCGCUCAGCACCACGAUAAAAGCGGCACCUGCGUUGUUCGCUACAGCAGCCAAUGCCGCAUUCAUUGGUCUCACUGACUUCACUACAGACCAGCGUGGCGAUGUAGGCUCUUGGGUUCGUUCCGCGUGCAUUUCUGCGCUCGAGGAUAUGGUGCAAACGAUGCGUGUGUCAAAAAUGCCUAUUCAUCACGCGCUAAUGCGUACGAUAUGUGUGGGAAUGGUGCCGUGCGUUAUGGAGCGCAUUGAUACGUUACGCGCAACUGCGUGCAGUGCGCUCGGCACCAUUGCAGCGCACGCAGCCGACGACGAGGGCGUCCCAGCGCGGGGCAUUGUAUGCGCUGCGCUCGGCGCCACGCCUGCUAUUUACCGCGACGCACGCACAGCAUACCCAAUGGUAAUGCCGUUUCUUGAAAUCGAUUCUUACCGCGCGUCUAUCCUACCGACGCUUGCCAAGACAAUUGGGAGCCGCUCGGAGUCGGUAGUGAAGGAUGCGUCGGAUGCAUUUGCACACUGGAUGCAGCAAGUAGACGUCUCUCACGUUCGCAGCGUCCUGCAGGAUCUUCUGCGUGCUGCUGCGUGCAAUGUGCGCGAUAACCGUUUGUUUGUGCCGCUCUUGCAGACCAUGUAUCUUGUCUUGGAGCGAGACGUGUACACUCGCGACGCGUCGCAUUUCGACGGACUGUUGCUGCGUAUGCUGCGUGUGGCCAAUACACAUAUUGGCACGGUGCGAAGCAUUCCGCGCAUUGCUGCCGCGGCGCGCAUCACCGUACAGUCGCUGCGCAUUUCUACUCUGAAAGAGAGCGCGACGCAAUACAUUGCUGCAUUCCUCACACACAGAUAUCCCACCGUGCGUAUGCAGACCAGCGAACAACUCUUGCUGCUCUUGCAGACGGACGCUGAUGUGGACGAGGCGCUAGAAGAAUGCCUGCUUUCCACGCAAUGGUGCACCGGCACGACGGAGCAAGUUUCCAGCCAGACAGAGCAGGUCAUUGCAUUGCUAAAAAACAUGUUAUAA